AUGUCUCUCCUAACUGGUACCGGGAAGCCAAGAGUUAUCCUUGGGUUGAUGACCUUCGGCGAAGGAGAGGAUGCCGCCGGUUCAGGAGCUAGAAUUUUUACCCUGGACAAAUUCAACGAAGCCCUGGAUUACUUCCAAGCUGAAGGAUACAACGAAGUCGAUACGGCUCGGUCUUAUGUUGAUGGCAAUCAAGAGGCUUUCACCAAGAAGGCUCACUGGAAGGAGAGAGGACUUACUCUAGCGACUAAAGUGUAUCCAACCCCAGCUGGGAAACACAAGGCCGAAGUCAUAACUGCGGAAUUUGAGACUAGUCUGAAGGAGCUUGGUACAGAUUGUGUUGACAUAUUCUAUCUUCAUGCAGCGGACCGAUCAGUGCCAUUCCAAGAGACCCUUGCUGCAGUUGACAAGCUCCAUAAACAGGGUAAGUUUGUUCAGCUGGGUCUCAGCAACUUCACUGCUUUCGAGGUGGCUGAAGUUGUGAUGCAUUGUAAAUACAACAACUGGGUCCGACCGACUGUUUACCAGGGCAUGUACAAUUGUAUCACACGAUCACUUGAACGAGAUCUCAUACCCGCUUGCAAGCGUUACGGCCUAGAUGUAGUAGUAUAUAACCCAAUUGCAGGUGGACUAUUCUCUGGUAAAUACAAGACCUCAGAUAUUCCCAGCGAGGGACGCUUCUCCGACUCAUCCAGGAUCGGGAAAAUGUACAGAGCACGCUAUUACAAUGAUAGCACAUUCGAAGCACUAGCUCUUGUUGAGCCCGUUGUAGAAAAGCAUGGUCUUACGAUGGUUGAAGUGGCUCUUCGAUGGGUUGCCAAUCACUCAAAACUGAACGUCAAGGACGGCAAUGAUGGUAUUAUCAUCGGAGUGAGCUCCGUCGAUCAACUGAAGCAAAAUUUGAAAGGUUGUGAAGCGGGCCCGCUCCCAGAAGAGGUUGUUGAAGCACUCGACAAAGCGUGGAAGAUCGCCGAGAAGAAUACGCCAAACUAUUAUCAUCUCGACUUGAAGUAUACAUACGAUACCAGAAAAGCGCUGUUCGACGUUUGA